AACAUAAACAUUUUAGAUAACGCAUAUAGCCUCGUCAUACCUGUUGAUCAACAUUAAAUAAAUAUACUUUCUUUAUUUUACGCUGUUUUGCUAUAUAAUAAGACGGAUAUAUCUUGAAAGUUGUUAGAAAUGGAUUCGGUCAAAAUAAUACUUGCAUUCGUUCUCCUUUCUAAUUUAAUGAUUGUGAAAGGAGCCCGAGCAAAGGACUGUGCCGUGAUAAAAUGUUAUUAUCCACCUGGUUGCGAAGAGAUACCAGCUGAGGGACAAUGUUGUCCGAAGUGCAGAGGCGGUAAAAGUUGUAAAUAUGAAGUUGGUGAAGGGAGUGAUAAAGUUAAAGUAAACAUUCAACACGGAGAGAGCAUACAGAUAGAGUGUAAUACAUGUACCUGCAUUGAUGGCGUUCUUGCAUGUACCGAGAAAGCUUGUUUGCCAGCUUGAGCAUACAAUUCACCACAGACGAACGAAUAAAAUCUACGACAGCUAAUGCCUACUAAAUCGGAUCUUAAAUUGAAACAAAAAUGCUUUUGAACUUUGAACUGUUACGCAAAAAACUUUUACACAAAUGUUCAAUAAAUUAUAAUAAUUAUAUUUUAUUUCAUUUUGGGGCAUGUUAUGCUUAGUAGUUGAUAAUGACCCCGUAUUUUCUAGAAAACUCAAAUCAUUCAUAAGAUGAUUAAAUAAAUUUCGUAAAGAUAUAAAAAUCGAA